AUGCCGGCCGCUACAGCAUCCGGCUCAGACGCCAAAGGUGACAGUGCCAGGUCGCGCGACCAUAACCAGGGAAACCAAGACCGCAAAUACACACCUGAACAGAAAGCCGCAGUGCUUCGGAUCCGAAAAUGUACAACAACCGCAUUCUAUGAGAUUCUUUCGAUUGAACGCACAGCGACAGACAGCGAGAUUAAGAAGGCCUAUCGCAAACAAAGUUUGUUGACACAUCCGGAUAAGAACGGCUAUGAUGGUGCGGACGAGGCGUUUAAAAUGGUUUCGCGGGCAUUUCAAAUUCUUUCAGACUCGGAUAAAAAGUCUCGCUACGACAAAUUUGGAGGAGAUCCAGAUAGUCGAUUCCAACCCAGCCCAGGCGCUUCUGCGAGUGCAGGUGGUUCGCCGUUUGGCGGCGGCGGGUUUGGCGGCGGCGGAUUCCCACGUAGCGGCGGUUUCGACGAGGAAAUAUCGCCAGAAGAACUAUUCAAUCGAUUUUUUGGAGGGGGUGGGUUUGGUGGGAUGGGCGGUGGCAGCCCGUUCGGCGGCCCGCAAUUUGUAUUCAACAUGGGUGGUGGUCCAGGGUUCCGUGUGCAUCAGUUCGGAGGAGCUACGCCCCGCCGACGUCCUCGCACAACUAAUAACGGACCGGAGCCUACCCCGGAUGCUUGGGGUAUUCUGCGUCAACUUUUGCCUCUCAUCAUUCUCUUCAUUCUUCCUCUCCUCUCCUCACUUUUCUCCGGAUCCUCUGCUCCCGCUGGCCCCUCUUAUCGCUUUGAUACGGCCAAGCCCCCUCACACCAUGGGGCGUACUACCCCCAAGCUUAAUAUCAACUAUUUCGUUAAUCCACUCGACGUGGAAGAUUUAAGUCCUCGCAAACUCCGGCAAUUAGACCAACGAGUGGAGGUGGACUAUGUGACAUCGCUUCGCUUUGAUUGCGAGGGUGAAGUACAUUUGCGAGACCGAAAGAUUCAGGAAGCGCAGGGUUGGUUCUUCCCUGAUGUGGAGAAGAUGAAGGAAGCGCGGGCCAUGGAGCUAAAGAGCUGCCGCAAGCUGGAGUCCUUGAAGGGCAGGUACUAA